AUGUCUUUGAGCAACCAUCCCAAGGCCUACGGCACUGCUGCCGUAACCUUUGCUUUUAUGACCGGCAUCCUCCUGACCUUGGGGUUCAAAGAUUUCUACCCCGAUCUGGAGCGCCGGUAUCAGCGGCGAAAAGGCCAGCCCAGCUCUCCAGCAGAUUCGCGACCUGCUAGUACAUAUUUACCUCCGGUAAAGCUUGAAGAUCGGUCAAGAAGCGCAAGGCAGUCUAUGGUUGGACUGCCUAUUGGUCCGGUCCCAGAAGGAAUUGAAGGAUGUAUUGGCAAUACCCCCCUCUUCAAAAUCAAGAGCUUAUCUGAGGCUACUGGUUGUACAAUUCUUGCAAAGGCGGAAUUUCUUAAUGGCGCUGGUGGGAGUCCGAAAGACAGGGUGGCGUUGAAUAUGAUUAAGGUGGCGGAAGAGGAAGGCCUUUUGACGCCGGGUCAAGGAGACACUAUUUACGAGGGCACUGUGGGCUCAACGGGAAUUUCUCUGGCUACUUUGGCUCGAGCAAGGGGCUAUAAGUGUCACAUAUGUAUGCCCAAUGAUCAGUCUACCGAGAAGUCGGAUUUGCUGCAUCACCUGGGCGCAACUGUGGAGAGAGUGACUCCGGCACCUAUUACUUCUACACAGCAUUUUGUAAACCUUGCAAGGACGAGAGCAAAGGAGCACACUGCUUCAGCUGAGACAUCUAGCAAGGGAUUCUUUGCUGAUCAAUUCGAGUCUACGGCCAAUUAUCGUGCUCAUUUCCAGACUACGGGUCCCGAGAUAUACCAACAGGCUAGUGGGCAGAUUGAUGCAUUCGUCGCUGGUGCUGGCACUGGCGGUACAAUAUCAGGUGUUGCAGUGUUCCUGAAACAAGAAAUGGGUAUGAGCCAUGACCUCAAAGUUGUCCUCGCAGAUCCGGAGGGCAGUGGUUUGUACAACAAAGUUAAACACGGGGUUAUGUUUUCAAAUACUGAAAGAGAAGGCACAAGACGACGGCAGCAGGUCGACACCAUCGUGGAAGGCAUUGGCAUCAAUCGCCUUACUGAGAAUUUUGAGGCGGGAAGAGAGCUGAUUGAUGAUGCAGUGAAGGUAACGGAUCUGCAGGCUCUCAGGAUGGCUAGAUGGUUGGUAGAGAAGGAUGGAAUAUUUGUGGGAAGCAGUAGCGCUGUUAAUUGUGUUGCAGCCGUUGCUACUGCUUUUAAUAUGCCGAAGGGGAGUCGUGUCGUGACUAUUUUAUGUGAUAGCGGAACACGCCACCUCAGCAAGUUCUGGAAGAAUGUUGCCGAGUCGGGCUUAGAGGAGGAUGAGCAGAGCGAUCUCAUAGAACUUCUGGGGAUCAAAUAG